UAAUUGUUCGCUCUCGAUCUCAUUUUUUCUUCCCACAAAGCGAGAGAGAGCGAGAAAGAGAGUGAGAGCGGAGAAAGUUGGCGUGGAGAAGAAUGGAUGCGUACGAGAAGUUGGAGAAAGUGGGGGAGGGAACUUACGGGAAGGUCUACAAAGCCAGAGAGAAGGCCACGGAUAAGAUCGUGGCGCUCAAGAAGACUAGAUUGCCGGAAGACGAUGAGGGUGUGCCAGCAACCACUCUCCGGGAGGUUUCUCUCCUCCGGAUGCUCUCAUUAGACUCGCAUAUCGUCAGGCUGUUGGAUUUGAAACAGGGCCAGAACAAAAAAGGGCAGUCGAUUCUCUAUCUAGUCUUUGAGUAUAUGGAUGCUGAUCUUAAGAAAUAUAUCAGAAGCUUUCGCCAAAAUCACGAGCUGAUUCCCUCCCAAAUUGUUAAGACCCUUAUGUAUCAACUUUGCAAGGGCAUUGCAUUCUGCCAUGGCCAUGGAGUACUUCACAGGGAUCUGAAGCCUCACAACAUUUUACUGGAUCGAAAGACAAUGAUGCUCAAGAUAGCAGACCUAGGGCUUAGUCGAUCUUAUACUCUUCCUGUUAAGAAAUAUACUCACGAGAUCUUGACGCUUUGGUAUAGGGCUCCCGAAGUGCUUCUUGGGGCUAAAACCUAUGCAGCACCAGUUGAUAUCUGGUCGGUUGGCUGCAUAUUUGCUGAACUAGUGACAACACAAGCACUCUUUACUGGAGAUUCAGAGUUACAGCAGCUCCUCCACAUUUUCAGGCUACUCGGUACACCAAAUGAAGAAGUUUGGCCAGGAGUGAGCAAACUAGCAAACUGGCACGAGUAUCCUCAGUGGACCCCAAAGAGCCUAUCAUCUGCAGUUCCUACACUUGAUGCGGAUGGCAUUGAUCUGCUUUCGAAAAUGUUGAUGUACGAGCCACUCAAGAGGAUUUCUGGAAGGAAGGCUAUGGAGCAUCCUUACUUUGAUGGUCUGGACAAAGAAUCCCUGUGAGGGUUGUUCUUCUAUUCUAGAAAGAUUACUUUUUUCCUAUGAAUGUUUCAAAGCUGUUUGCUUCCUUCUGCACUGCAGCUGUUUGCAGUGAUUACUAGUUUUUUAGCAAUGAAGCACAAGUUUGGUAAUGUUUGUACUCAAAACUUUUAACUAACACCAAUUAUUCUAGUGGUGUUACUAACUACUGUUGUUUUGUGAAGGCCUGCAGGCUAGUCUAUUUGGUGGUCGAUCUUCUGUA